GGGUUGAACACUUUCUCGAUUAUGAUGGGUAGUGCAACGCUGUCGAAGUGGUUGCUCUCGAUGCUCAUGGCCUGCUCAAAUUUGGCAGUCGCUUGGAUGUCUUUCGGAUCGGGAACGAGUGUGCUUCCGUUCCCGUACUUUGCCACGAUGUACCGCGCGAUCGGACGGCUUUCGAAGAGACUGAAGCCAUCAUCCUGCUAGGAUAUCAGGGCAAUGCCGAGAACAUGAUCUGGGACGAACCUCGAUUGCUGGCACUACACCGAAAGGCUGGCGGGCUAGGUGUUCGGGCGUCUUCUGCUCACCGGCAGCAAUGUCGAUGAGGAUGAACUCGAAGGGGACGCCGAUCUCCUUGCAGACGGUAGCCACGGAACGGGUGCAGCUGGAGUGUGUGUAACCGUAGAGCUUGAGGACCAUUGUAGCAAAGAGAGAGAGUAUGGAAUGAGGGACUCGAAGGAAUGUCCCGCCUUAUAAGGGACAGACUAUGGAACAAAGAUAAAGCGCUAGAACUCACGUGUUGUCAAAGCAAAUGAAGAGAUGUUUUCGUGUGGCUGCAGGAUUCUAAUCCCGCGCGGUGAUUUUUAUUGAUGAAUGCGUCGCCUGUGUCGCUGGCGGCAGGUCACUCGAAGGGCUCGGAAAGGAAUAGACGUCAUCGCCGGCCGUGCCAGAGACUUCAGCAGCGAUUGGAUUGGAUUGAGUGGAAACUAGAUUAUCUACACGACUGAUGCCGAGUUGCUUGCAUGCGUGGCCCGGUAGAGCGCGUGGCCUUGGGAAACAGGGGAAGCACGUCGGCCGAUAGAGGCCGAUAACCGCACUGUCAAGAAGGCGGCGAGAAGUGACCAGGAGGAGAGGCAACUCACGACACCAGACAUGCUGCAGACCGACGGCAAGCGACCCUGAAAAAGGCCUCAUCUUCAAGAACAUUGCCGUUCUAGAGCGUCCGGUGAACAGAAGAACAUCGGACGCUUGUAUGAAAUCGGUGCCUUGAGUAAAAUACCGGCAGGAGAAGCGAUGCAAAAUCGGCAGAAGCCAGAACAAGGCUGCAAGGCUGGAGGAGUGCAUCAAUUAGGGUAUGCAAUAGUCCGUGCUGUAAGCCAUCAGCGCCUCGGAUAGAUGCCGCAGGACAAAAUAAGGAUAAGAAAGUUGGCGUCGGCAUGGGUUGAUACAUCGAGUCCGCCCUGGUCAAACAAGACCACAGAGAGGAUUACCGUGCGUCCAUAUGACGGUUUCAGCGAGAAGAAGCGGAUGAAUGAAUCAUGCACGACCACAAGAGACCGAAGGCAGUCAGCAGGCAGGUAGAGAAGAACAAGUGGGGACGAUCCGUGCGUCCAUAUGACAGUUUCAGCGAGAAGAAGCGGAUGAAUGAAUCAUGUACGGCGACAAGCACCCGAAGGCAGCCAGCAGGCAGAUAUAGAAGAACAAGAGCUAACGAUAAAGCUGCCUUCAGAAUGUAGGGAGGCGAGCAAAUGAGAAGCCACCGACUUUGGAGGAUAUACCUGACGAUGCAUGCUGUUGAUUUUGCAGACAAAGAGGUACUUCAUCGGCAACACGCCAGUAUUCAAGUCUCGAAGGUCGACGCAAAGGACAAGUUAGUUGACUUAUGGGAAGCGGAACAAUCCGGUCUGAGUCGGCCGGCCUCGGAGCCGAGAAGGGGGGUGGCGCGACAAAUUUGUGUUGACGCAUCGGGACCCUAGCUCGUCUCUCUCUUCCAACUCCGCCGCGGUCGUCACACUAUGCGUGAAGUCAUCUCUAUCCACGUCGGCCAGGCCGGUGUCCAGAUCGGUAACGCCUGCUGGGAGCUUUAUACUCUCGAGCACGGCUUGAGCCCUGAUGGUCGUAUCAUGGAGGGCUCUCCCUCUGCUUCCGACAGUGGAUUCUCGACCUUCUUCUCCGAAACUGGAUCGGGCAAGCACGUCCCCCGUUCCCUCUACGUCGAUCUCGAACCUGGUGUCAUCGACGACGUCAAGACGGGUCCCUACCGCUCCCUUUUCCACCCUGAGACGAUGAUUACAGGCAAGGAGGAUGCCGCCAACAACUACGCGCGUGGUCACUACACUGUUGGCAAGGAGCUCAUCGACCCUGUCAUGGACAAGGUCCGCCGCCUUGCCGACAACUGCUCCGGACUCCAGGGCUUCUUCGUCUUCCACUCGUUCGGUGGUGGAACCGGCUCAGGCUUCGGUGCUCUCCUCCUCGAGCGCUUGUCGACCGACUACGGAAAGAAGUCCAAGCUUGAGUUCUGUGUGUACCCCGCGCCUCAGCUGUCCAGCUCGGUCGUCGAGCCGUACAACUCGGUGCUCACCACUCACACCACGCUCGAGCACUCUGACUGCUCUUUCAUGGUCGACAACGAGGCUAUCUACGACAUCUGCAAGAAGAACCUCGGUGUCGUUUCCCCGAGCUUCUCCAACCUAAACCGGUUGAUUGCUCAAGUUGUCUCGUCCAUUACGGCUUCCUUGCGGUUCGACGGGUCCCUGAACGUCGAUCUCAAUGAGUUCCAGACUAACCUUGUGCCCUUCCCCCGUAUUCACUUCCCCCUGGCUACCUAUGCUCCCCUUCUGUCUGCCGAGAAGGCUGGUCACGAGCAAAACUCUGUUGCUGAGAUGACUUUUGCUUGCUUCGAGCACGGCAAUCAGAUGGUGAAAUGCGACCCUAAGGAGGGCAAAUAUAUGGCCUGCUGCUUGUUGUACCGUGGGGAUGUUGUGCCCAAGGACACCCAAGCUGCGGUUGCCAGCAUCAAGACGAAGCGUACAAUCCAGUUCGUCGACUGGUGCCCUACAGGAUUCAAGAUGGGUGUUUGCAACGAACCCCCUGCUUGUGUGCCGGGAGGUGACCUCGCGAAGACCACUCGGAGUCUUUGCAUGCUUGCCAACACCACUGCCAUCUCUGCUGCCUGGGGUCGACUUGACUACAAAUUCGAUCUCAUGUACUCGAAGCGUGCGUUCGUGCACUGGUACGUCGGCGAGGGUAUGGAGGAAGGUGAGUUCUCAGAGGCACGUGAAGAUCUGGCUGCCUUGGAGAAGGAUUACGAGGAGGUUGGCACCGACAGUGCUGAUGGCGAAGAGGAGGGUGAGUACUAGACGUGAUGAUGUGAGAUACACGCAGGUGCCGCCUUGGAUUGUUUCCCUCCCAAAAUACCCCGCGUCUGUACAUCCAUCAUCUAGCUCUCCUCCUUGGUAUUUGCUCGCAGAUCUUUAUCCUUACUUACUCCUGUUCAUAAUGAAUGCGAAACAUCGAAAUAUGUGGAUGCUUUCAAUACUGUCUAUGCGUACAGACCGAGAAAGGCAGCGCAGCAGAGUGAUGAGACGACAUUCACCUGGUUAUUGGACAAGACAUUCCAUCCGUUGAUAGUCUUCCCCUGAGCGGCAUCCUCAGUCACAACCUUACGCUCGUCAUCGUACCUCGUCGCUUGAAUCGUCGCGCCAAGGAACGAAUCGAUGGCGCUACCAUACGCGCCAGCGAUCGCACCCCAAAACACAGCGUCACCGACAACGACAUCCCAUGUCUGCCUGCAUGUCGGAUUCUCCAGGACCAGGCAGAUACUAGCCACCAAUCCCAUGAUCACUCCUCCCACGAGAGACGCGAUCGUCCCAUUCACCGACAUUCCGCCAUUCGUACCGGGCGGAACAGGCUUCCAAGUCGUGAUUAGUCGCGGUGGUGAAGGGGCCAGUAUCCCGAUUUCAGACGCAAGCGUGUCCCCGAGACAGCAUGCGAAGUGACUGGAACAAGUUCAAGGCAGUUGGCCCAUUGUGCGUGGAAGGUGCGCACCCAAGUGCGGCAAAAACAAGGGUCCGACUCCAUCCUUGGCCGAUAUUUUCAGACACCGGACACCAUUCACUCGAAUACGGGUGCACAAUACUGGAUGGGAUCCUCACAGCGUCGCCUGUGAGUAAACGGAAGAUACUGGCAUGCACGCCUUGUGGGUCAAACAGAAUGUUCCAGGCAGAACACGCGACGAGGGCGCUGAAUGAGUUGCUGAGGACCUGCCAGCCGGAUCGGUAGCCUGCGUCAUGGUAGCCCGCCUCCAGAGUCCGUUUCUUCUGCUUCCCGUCUGCGUGCGCGUCUGAUGAGGGAACACGCUAUAGCGUCCGAGGCGCGUAUGCACGUACAUUUCGUCGCUCGGCUCCCGAUGAGGUAAAACAAGAUGAGAGAAAUGCCCCAAGUCUUGAGGCUCCCGACGAACAUCAGGAAGCCGACGACGAGGGCGGUCAAUGCACCGCUCGUGGAGAGCGACUUCUUGCGGAAACCAUGCCCGGCGAGAAGAAGCGGAAGCGUUAUCGAGACGAUUGAGAUAUCUGGCAUUCUCAUCUUGGGUAUUGAAGGUUGGGCGCGCAAAGCGACGGGUCAAUUGAUGAAUAAGUACCUGCAGUCGGGCCGCACGGUUGACAUGCUCGCACGAUGUGGCUGUACGUCCAAGCCCAGUCACCUUCGUUCUUUCCAGUAAUUAUCAAUAAGAGCUCUCUAAGGUGGAGAGUGUGGAUACCAAUUCGACAUCUUUAUCAUCAAGCAUGGACCGAUUCUUUCUACGAUCUACGUGUGGAUUAGAUAACGACUAGAGAUCUUCUAUUUCUACAGUGACGUCGAGGCCACCGCCCUCUGAUAGCUUGAAUUUGAUCUUCGACAUGUCUUUCACCAGGAAAUCCGGUUUGACUGCUUGCAUCUGCUCCAAAGUGUGUGACGUGAGGAAUCCUAUAGUCUUACAGCCCGCAGCCUGCCCACUGCGAACACCGUUGGGCGCAUCUUCGAAC